GUUUUCAAGAAAAAAAAGUCGCCGAGACUGUGCAACAGAGAAAGAAGGCGGCCCGAUGUGCCUUAUCAAAAUCUAAAAAUAAAGGAUACAAAUCAGCAUCGUAAACUUAAAGGGAAAUAAAGCACCAUAACUUUUUGAGAACAUGUCAACUUCUGACGAGGCAGAUGGUUUCCGACCUCGAUAUGGCUCUGUUUUGGAUGGCGUGGAGCGACUCACGGCCGAGGAGAUGGAUGAGCGCAGACAGCAGAACAUGGCUUAUGAAUACCUGUGCCACCUGGAGGAGGCUAAAAGAUGGAUUGAGGCGUGUUUAAAUGAAGAGCUCCCGCCCACGACUGAGCUGGAGGAGGGCCUGAGAAAUGGUGUGUACCUGGCCAAGCUAGGAAACUUUUUUGCGCCUGAUGUGGUCUCUCUCAAAAGGAUCUAUGACCGCGAACAAACACGUUACAAGGCCACUGGACUCCAUUUCAGACACACGGACAAUAUCAUCCAGUGGCUGAAUGCAAUGACAGAUAAAGGCCUUCCUAAGAUUUUCUAUCCUGAGACAACUGACAUCUACGACAGGAAGAACAUGCCUCGUUGCAUCUACUGCAUACAUGCCCUCAGCCUCUACCUGUUUAAACUUGGCCUGGCGCCCCAGAUUGCAGACCUGUAUGGCAAGGUUGCCUUCACAGAGGAGGAAAUAAACAACAUGAAGAGUGAAUUAGAGAAGUACAACAUUCAAAUGCCAGCGUUCAGCAAAAUCGGAGGGAUUUUAGCCAAUGAGUUGUCAGUGGACGAAGCAGCCCUACAUGCUGCUGUGAUCGCCAUCAAUGAAGCCGUUGACCAUGGAGUCCCAGAAGGCACUCUAGCUGCCAUGAGAAACCCAAACGCCAUGUUACUGCAGCUGGAUGACAGCGCUGCCCAGGAAUACCAGGACACCCUGUUCCAGGCCAAGACUGAGAAAGUGGCCAACUCCAGAAAAAGAAUUGGAGAGAACUCGCAGGCUGAACGGGAUGUUUAUGAUGAGCUGCUCACACAUGCUGAAAUCCAGGGCAACGUAAACAAAAUCAACUUGUCCAAAGCCUUGAAUUCAACAGAACAGGCCCUCCUGAGUGGAGAUGAAGACCGGCUGUAUAACGCUCUCCGUUCUCCAGCAUUAGGCCUGCAGUCUUUACAGGCUCAGAACAAGGGGUGGUAUCUCAAACAGCUGCUGGCGGACCGUGAGCAGAAAGAACAGAAUGCCCCUGGAGAAUCGCUGACCAAGGAGGAGUUACAGAGCGGAGUGGAGGCAGCCAAUGGGCUCGCUGUAGACUAUCAGAGAUUGCUGCGGGCAGUGGAAAGGAUCAAUGCUGCCAUCAGAAAGGGUGUAGCAGAGGAAACGGUGAACGAGCUGAUGAAUCCAGACGCCCAGCUGCCGCAGGUUUACCCCACUGCAGCAGAUCUGUACCAGAGAGAACUGGCCUGCCUACAGCAGCAGAGCCCAGAGGGCUCUUUGUCACACCCGGAGCUGUUGGUUGCCGUGGAGAUGCUGUCCUCUGUGGUGCUGAUAAACGAGGCGCUGGAUGUCGGGGACCGGGCAGCUGUGUGGAAACAGCUCAGCAGUCCAGUCACCGGCCUCGGCAACGUAGAGGAUGAAUACUCCCAGAGGUAUAUAGAUGAGCUGAUGCGUCUAAAGGCAGCUGCGAGGGAAGAAGGUAGCGACUAUCUCACCUGGAAUGACAUUCAGGCCUGCAUAGACCAAGUCAACAAUACUAUUCAAGAGGAACAUGAAAGGAUUGCUGCUAUUGGACUGAUCAAUGAAGCCCUGGCAGAGGGAGACUUACAGAAGACCACGGCUGCUUUACAGCACCCAGCCGCCAAGCUAACAGAUAUAGAUCCAUCUCUGGCCCAGCAUUAUUAUGAUAUACUGCAGGAGGCGAGGAGAGAAAAGGCCCAUGAGUGUGGAGAUCCCUCUGCAGUCCUUUGGUUAGAUGAGAUCCAGGACGCCAUCCUGAGAGCCAACAAAGACUCAGAGGAAGCGCUGCAGUUCUCUCAGGCAAUUCAGACCAUUAAUGAGGCUGUGGAUAACAGAGAUGCUUCUCAGACGCUGGCAGCCCUGCGCUCACCUGCCGCCGGUGUGUACGGAGUCACUCCUGAAUGUGCUCAGACAUACCAGGAUGACUUGUACAAAAUUAAAGAGGACAAGAAAAAGGAAGGGGAUAAUGGCAGUGAAUGGAUGAAGCACUGGGUGAAGGGAGGACACAACUACUACUAUAACCUGAAGACUGGACAGGGCACCUGGGAUGAGCCUCCAGACUUGGUUUCAAACAACACUCAACUCAACAAGGAGGAAAUACAGUCCGUUGUCUCAGGAGUAACUACAGCGUAUAACCGAGAGCAGCUGUGGUUGGCCAACGAGAGUCUGAUCGCCAAACUGCAAGCCCGUUGCCGCGGUUUCAUGAUCCGGCGUGGAAUGCAAGAACGUCUCCAAUUCUUGAAGUCUCAGGAGCCAUCGGUUAAUUGCAUACAGGCUCACUGGAGAGGCUAUAAGGAAAGAAAGAAAUACAAUGAUAGGAAGCAGUACCUAAAUGAUCACGCUGAUGAUGCUGUUAAGAUUCAGUCAAUGGUCAGGAUGCACCAAGCUCGUAAAAAAUACAGAGAUCGUCUGAAGUACUUCAAAGACCAUAUAGACGAUAUAGUCAAGAUUCAGGCGUUCAUUCGAGCCAACAAAGCGAGAGAUGACUACAAAACACUCAUCAACGCAGAUGAGCCUCCAAUGGCAGUUGUCCGUAAGUUUGUCCACUUGCUGGAUCACAGUGACCAGGACUUCCAGGAGGAGCUGGAACUGAUGCGAUUAAGAGAGGAGGUGAUCACCAACAUCCGCUCCAACCAGCAGCUGGAGAACGAUCUCAAUCUGAUGGACAUCAAGAUCGGCUUGCUGGUAAAAAACAAGAUCACCCUUCAGGAAGUGGUGUCUCACAGCAAGAAGCUCACCAAGAAGAACAAGGGGGAGCUGUCCAACCUCAUGAUGAUGAAUAAGCAGAGAGGUGGACUGAAGGCUCUCAGUAAAGAGAAGAGGGAUAAGCUGGAGGCAUAUCAGUUUCUCUUCUACCUGUUACAGACCAAUCCCACCUAUCUGGCCAAGCUGAUCUUUCAGAUGCCACAGAACAAGUCAACCAAGUUCAUGGACUCUGUGAUUUUCACAUUGUACAAUUAUGCUUCCAACCAGCGUGAAGAAUAUCUCUUGCUCAAUCUCUUCAAAACUGCCCUGCAAGAGGAAAUCAAAUCCAAAGUAGACCAGAUCCAGGAAAUCGUAACAGGAAAUCCAACGGUCAUUAAGAUGGUGGUGAGCUUUAACAGGGGGGCCAGAGGUCAGAAUGCCCUCAGACAGAUCCUGUCUUCUGUCGUGAAGGAAAUCAUGGAUGACAAAAUGCUCAACAUUAGAACCGACCCUGUGGACAUAUACAAAAGCUGGGUGAACCAGAUGGAGAGUCAAACAGGAGAAGCCAGCAAAUUACCGUAUGAGGUGACUCCAGAGCAAGCAAUGAGUCAUGAGGAGGUUCGAACACGCCUGGAAGCCUCCAUCAAGAAUAUGAGAACCGUCACCGACAAAUUUCUUUCGGCCAUAGUUGUUUCUGUGGACAAAAUACCAUAUGGCAUGCGUUUCAUCGCAAAGACGCUAAAGGACACACUUCACGAAAGGUUCCCUGAUGCCACCGAGGAUGAGCUUUUGAAGAUUGUGGGCAACCUGCUGUAUUACCGCUACAUGAAUCCUGCCAUUGUUGCCCCUGAUGCCUUUGACAUCAUCGACAUGUCAGCUGGAGGUCAGCUGACCACAGAGCAGAGGAGAAACCUGGGAUCCAUCGCCAAAAUGCUUCAGCACGCCGCCUCCAACAAGAUGUUCCUCGGAGACAACGCCCAUCUCAACCCCAUCAAUGAAUACCUCUCCAUCUCCUACCAGAAAUUUAGACGUUUCUUUUUGGCCGCUUGUGAUGUCCCUUCUUUGGAAGACAAGUUCAAUGUGGAUCAGUACUCAGACCUGGUCACUUUGACCAAACCUGUAAUCUACAUUUCCAUUGGGGAGAUGAUCAACACUCACACGCUCUUACUGGAUCAUGAGGAUGCCAUUGCACCCGACCACAAUGAUCCCAUCCAUGAGUUGCUGGAUGAUCUCGGCGAGGUGCCCACCAUAGAGUCGUUAAUAGGUGAGAGUCCACUUCCCUCCGAUGACCCUAGUAAAGAAAUGAUGGGUAAGACAGAAGUGUCUCUCACUCUCACCAACAAAUUUGAUGUUCCUGAUGAAGCCAAUGCUGAAAUGGAUGCCAAGACUCUCCUCCUCAACACCAAGAGGCUUAUAGUAGAUGUGAUCCGGUUUCAGCCGGGAGAGACACUCACUGAGAUACUUGAGACUGUCGCUUCACCAGAGCAGGAAGCAGAGUACCAGCGUGCCAUGCAGAGACGAGCCAUUCGCGAUGCUAAGACGCCCGAGAAGAUGAAGCAAGCCAAACCGGUUGUGGACGACAGCCUCACCUUGCAAGGCAAAAAGGAGAAGAUCAAGAGCAACCUGCAAAGACUAGGAGAGCUGGGAAAAGUUCAUCCUGAGAAGAAAUACCAGGAUCUUAUCAAUGAUAUCGCCAAGGAUAUCCGAAACCAGAGACGAUACCGUCAGAGACGGAAGGCGGAGUUGGUGAAGCUACAGCAGACCAAUGCUGGACUGAACUCCAAGACCAAUUUCUACAAUGUGCAGAUUGACUACUACAAUCAAUACAUCAAGACCUGCAUGGACAAUUUAGCCAGCAAGGGCAAAGUAUCUAAGAAACCUGGAGACAAUAAGGCCAAGAAGAGUAAGCAGGUGUCACAGAAGUACACGGCAGCCCGUCUGCACGAGAAGGGAGUGCUCAUUGACAUUGAGGAUUUGCAGAAAAAUCAGUAUAAGAAUGUGAUUUUUGAGAUCUCCCCAUCUGAGAUUGUUGGCGUGUUUGAAGUGAAAGCUAAGUUUAUGGGAGUCCAUUUGGAGACAUUAAUGUUGGAAUACCAGGACCUUCUUCAGUUACAGUACGAGGGGAUUGCUGUGAUGAAGCUGUUUGAUCGAGCUACUGUAAACGUUAAUCUUCUCGUUUUCCUGCUCAACAAGAAGUUUUAUGGCAAAUAGACCCUCAGAAAGGAACUUCAUAGACUGUUGCACGCACAGUGAAGCCCAGACCAUGAUCAUCUUUACAGUUUAAAUGUCUUUCCUGGCACUACCCUAAAUAUGCUUGUGUACCUUUUUUGCUUUCUCAGAGGAUAGUUGUUUUUGAAUGUACAUUAUUAGGAGAAUCGUUGAUCACAGACGAUUAUCUUUGGGACGUGAAAGGAUUCACUGUUGACCGUUUUUAUUGAGAUUUUCAGUCUCCAAACGGGUGUCAGUAGUUUGCUUUGAUUUUCUGCAAACUGUAGUUGCAUGAGCUUGUUAUAUGUAAAAUGAACAUUUUUAUUACAUUAUAUUCUUUGGGAGAAGAAAAAUGGUCUCCCUAUCUUAUAGGAAAAUGGAAACAGUGAAAACUGAGUGUUAUAGCCAAAUUCCUUUACAUGUUACCAAAGUAUAUUUAUCAGAGAAUUUUCUUUUCGUUGUUUGAUCAAUGAAUAUUGGCUGGUAAAAAAUAUUUUCUAAAGCAUUCAGACACAGCAUGCUGGAAGAAUUUUAAGUUAACAUCCCAUUAAUGUUUGUAGCCUGGUUUCCAUUGUUUUGUCAGGUUUUUUGUUUGUUUGUUUUAUGGUGCCUUAACUUGAAUAAACUGUUGCGAAAAUGUGGAGAAGCCUUAUCAAGGCUCAUAAAUUCCUUUUAUUGUUUGAUAAGCAGAGACAAAUAAUAAUUAGAAUGUCAUUAUCUUUUUUUUUUUACACAUGGCUCUUUAUACACUCUUGUUUAUAAAAUAUAACAAUAUUAUCCUCCUACACAAAAAAUAUGAUCAACAAAUGGACAGACUGACAUCUGAAAAAAACUAAACAUUUUUAAGCAGUGGGGAAACCAUAAAACUAUUUAAUUUCUGAUGUAAAUGAUCUGAUGUCUUACUGGGUGUUUUCAGUUUUUGUAUCCUUGAAAAAAAUGCUAUACUUUUUUCUGUUUGAAUGUUUCAUGAAGCUGUAUUGUGUAUAUUUACACUUAUGCAUCUGAUACUGGAAUGCCAGAUUGGUAGCUGUUUGGAAUAUAUAAACUGUAAAGUGGUUGCCGAAUGUCACUUAGGCAAAAAAUUUAAAUGGUUAACAAAAAUGCUGAUCAGAUUAAUGACACAGGAUUAUUUACUGUCCAAUGUUUCAUGUGCAACAAUUUCAAUGAAAUCUGCAAUUCUUUGACCUCAUUGUGUGUUUUUCAAGGCAAAUGCUUAAAUACCUAUUCAAUGUAACAUUUCUUCAUAAAUUGCUCUAGUCGACGUUAGCUGUUGCACCUCUAAAAUUAUUACAAAUAAAAAGAACAUUUAUGAAGAAAAUGACACAAUAUUUGUUUAGAAGUCGGGAAUUUUUUUUGUCAAACUGAUAUCGAAAACUUGUUCCCAUAUGCAACCUUUUUUUAAGCCUUUCAGAAGACAGUUAUAUUAGGAACAGUGUUGGGUAAGUUACUCUGAAAAAGUAAUUAAUUACUAGUUACUAAUUACAUAUUCAAUAGUGUAAUUAGAUUACUGUACAAGUUACUCUCUCCAAAAAGUAUUUAGUUACUUAUUACUAAUUACUUUCUAUAUCCUACAUCAACCUUGAUUAGUUCAGUGAUUCAAGGAUAGACAUGAAAU